ACUUUCAGUGUGUGUAAGCCGAUAGCCGCGAUAUGUCAGUCAGGAAGGCAAGUGAGACGCUGACGCUUGUGUUCAGGUGGGUUGGGCUACGCAAAGGAGCGACUGACAGACAGUAAAACAUGGCCGACUGUGAGUGGGGGAAGACGUGGAACUGCCCCGCAAGCAGGUCGAAACUGUGGCUAAUUCUCUUAACAACGGCCGUGUGCUAUUGCGUCGAUGGAGUUGCAGCGGCCCCGGAGACAGGAGAGUGGGUUAUCACAGUCGUCAAUACCUCAAGACCAUUGCUGCUUAAGAAAUCCAUGUACAAAGAGACCGAUAUAAAGUUCAAAAUUGCAUCCUUUGGUUGUCCUGAAGAGGUGAAAUUUACCAUCCAUUGGUACUUGAAAUACUACCCCUGUCACAAUGACUUUAACAAUAUUGAAGAGAUGUACGAUAAAACGCCACUAUAUCGCGGGGAGAGCUUGGACCCCAACCCAUUGUCUCCGGGGGAAUACAUCGAACAUAUACAUCCAGCAAUAACCUGUAACAAGGAUCUAGGCAUCUUUCCCAUGUUUAAUAAAACGAAGGCUCAGCCACGUCCAGUUAUGCCGCUGGUAGAGGGAAUGGAGCGGGAUGAAAAUUAUACCAGAUGGAUAAGGGACGAAGCACAACCAAAUGGAAGGGUGCUUGUUGGCCCAACUGAUGUCAUCGCCACAACAUGGAGAGAUGGACCUUACCUUUUUGUGGUGUUGGUCAAUUCCAGCAAUCCGGAGGCAAAAUGGAAUUUAACUGUCAGCGUUGUAAUGAAAGGAACUCAUGGAUACAUCUCCAUCACCGAAUGGCCACUCAUGAUUUUCUACAUGGUGAUGUGCAUAGUCUACUUCCUGUAUGGCCUUCUUUGGUUCAUGUGGUCGGCCUGCUACUGGAAAGACCUGCUGAGGAUCCAGUUCUGGAUCGCUGGCGUCAUCUUAUUGGGAAUGGUGGAGAAGGCCGUCUUCUGUGCUGAGUACGAGAACACCAACGGCGUGGGCUUUGCCUCCCAAGGCCUGUUGAUCUUCGCCGAGCUCGUUUCUGCGCUAAAGAGAACUCUGGCUCGCCUACUUGUUAUCAUCGUCAGCCUUGGCUAUGGGAUAGUCAAGCCUCGGCUUGGGACCGUCAUGCACAGAGUGGUUGGUCUUGGGGUCCUGUACUUUGCAUUCGCUGCCAUUGAAGGCGUCCUAAGAAUCACAGGGGUGAAAGACAAUGACCUGGCCCUGCUGGCUAACAUUCCUCUGGCUCUGCUCGACUCCUCUCUCUGCUGGUGGAUAUUCGUCAGUUUGGCACAAACCAUAAAGACCCUGAAAUUAAGGAGAAACCCAGUGAAACUCUCCCUCUAUCGCCACUUCACCAACACGCUCAUCUUCGCUGUCAUUGCUUCCAUUGUCUUCAUGGCAUGGACGACAAAGAAAUUCCGGCUAGCAGAAUGUCAGUCUGACUGGAUGGAACUUUGGGUGGACGACGCUUUCUGGAGGUUCCUGUUUUCCAUCAUCCUGCUUGUUAUCAUGUUUCUAUGGAGACCGUCUGCAAACAACCAGAGGUAUGCAUUCACUCCACUGAUGGAUGACUCCGACGAUGAAAUUGAAGAGUUCCUCGUGUCUUCAAACUUGGCUGAUGGCAUAAAGCUGAGGGCAAAGAAUGAAUCGAAUGGGACGCUGAAGCCUGCUGCCAGUCCGGAUGAAGACUUGAAGUGGGUGGAGGAAAACAUUCCGACUUCUCUGACGGAUGUGGCAUUACCCAUUCUACUGGACUCUGAUGAGGAAAUCAUGACCACAAAAUAUGAGAUUUCAAAGAUGGAGUGAUGAGUCGGAACCGUGCUUCACCCUUCAGGGUGGGAUUGGCCAGUGGGGGCUCUGCCUGACCAAAUCCUGCAAGACUGACACACAGGUCAGAGGUCAAAGGUGUCAUGACUCAGUCAUUAUUGGACUGGGACCUUCAUCUGCUUGUGGAGGGGAAAAAAAACACCCCGAGAAAACUCACUGAAACGCCAUCUCCAGCCAGAGCCACAGAACCUGCUAGCUGUGUUUAAAUAUAAUAAAUAUUAAUUGUCAUACACUACAUCCACUCUAGUGCUGAAGCCAGUCUGGCCACAACUGACCUGGUUCAACCCGAAUGCUUUACCCUGCUGUUCCCACAAUCACAUGUACAGCACAAAUCCUGCUAAACGCAGACCAGACCAGAUGCCUGGACCUUUCUCUCUGCCGUUAAAGACGAGUGGCUCUCCAGGUUUGUUUGCUGACCGGAGAUUAGAGUGCUUCUUUUAACCCUUCAUGCGUAUGUGAUCAGAUCAAAGCUGCACCAGGCUGCAGUGAGGUCCUGAGGUAAGCCAGCUUUCACUCCAGAACUGAAGGAACGCAAGAGGACCUUGCCCUGCCUGCUGUACCUCCCGCUCCCCAUACCCCUUUGGACUGGGCUUCUGAAGCCCCACACAUGCACGUUUCCCAGCACGGCUCGGUCCUGAUGAGCACAAGCUGGCAGCAGAUCAUGGGAUCAUGAGAGUUUAUACAUUUUUGGAUGUUUUCAGUUUCCAUGUCACUUGCCCAACUCAGAGAAAAUCUGCAGAUGGACCUUGUAAGGUGUUCCUGAGAAAAUAACAGAAAAAUCCGUUUGAUUUUGGGAAGAUGUGAUCAUUAAAUCAUUUGUCUUUUCAUUGUUAAAAAAGAAACCACCACAGGGGAGAAAAGGUACUUUGCUGGGAUCAAGUUUGAGGUAUUUUUGUUGUGAGCUGUCCGGCUGUGCGCGGCUGGACAGGGUACUUGAUUUCCAUAAUCUGUAUUAUGUCUGUUUCUGUCAGUUUGCUUAGCAGUGACACACUGUUCAUGCCAUUCAUGUGAAGCAGCGAGUCAGUGCUAAGUGCUCACUUCCUCUCAGCUGCAGUAUUGAGAAUACCGUGAGAGUUUUGUACAAGGAUUUACAGAUUUUUAUUUUGGCUAUGGCUGUAGAAUCAGUGUUUUUCAGUCUGGAUGAAUGAGCUGAGAGAAACUGCACCUUCAUCUCUUCCUCUUGGAAUAAAAAGCAAUAUGUGUCCUUUAAAACUGUUUUACUGCUCAAUAUUGAGCUCUGUUUACCUGUACUAUUCUAUUUAAAUUAUGUUGAAGUGUACUUAACUCUCCUGUAUGUAGCCCUCCUAUUGAGGAUGGUAUUCAUUGUUUCUUUGAGAAUGGUUUGUAACACCCGAUGAUGUAUUCAUAAAGCCUUAUUCUCCCCCCAACAUUUUCUUACUAAGAUUAUAUGAAACCCAAAAUUAGAAAUGUCUGCUAGUGCUUAAAUUGCCUUCAGAUUUAUAUAUUGAAUUUAUAAUGUGAUUUAUUAUGUAUUUAUUGUUCUGCUUCCUCUGCAAAAAGGAUCAGCGUGUGAAGAACUCCAAAUCCUUAUUCCAAAUUGGACACUGCCCUAUUUAGUUCACUGGUUAUUAAGUUCACCUGAAGGUGUGUAGGGUAGGAUAUGGUGCAUGACAAAUGGAAAAUGAACUGAACUGCAUUGUAAAUACUAUUCAAGCAAUAUGUAAUUAGGGGAAACGUGCAUCUGCACAUUAUUUAAAGCCAUUUCUAAUCCUUCUAAACAUUGGCAUGUGUAUAAAGCAGUGUUAAGUUCUCCUCCCUCACUUUGUUGUGAUUUAAAUUGAAGUGUCAGGGUGUCUUUUUCCUAUGUUGCAUGCAUUUCUGAAGAUUGGGUUGGGCCGUUAUGCUGAUGGAGCCAGCAGUUUUGCAUCAGGAGGUCCUACUAAUGGCUUUGCUUCUUCCUGGUUUUCCUUUCACUGGGUUUAGCAAAUUCAGUUUACAAAGACCAGUUGUGAUCUGUUAUUGGUGACCCAGUCUCCUUUUCAAAAUUGCAAUACUCCCUUGAUUUAAUUUAAUUGUAAAUAAAAAAAAAAACCUUUAUUUUUA